UGACAUUACUCAUUUCAACUGGCAUGUCCCUCGAUCGUCUGUUGGCCAUAGUGAUGGAGGCGUGCAGGUUAUGUUUUCGUACCUUGUUAAAUGAAGACACGUACUUCUGCUAUGAUUAUUUGUUAUGAUGUGAAUGUAUCUGAGUCUUUGAAAAUUGAAAAUUAAUUAGGAUGGUUUGAGGUUGCCCUCAAACAUAUCUAUGGAUGUUUACAAUGUUCUCCAGUGUGCUCUGUUGGUGUUGACAGCUGUCACAGGAGAUUAUUUUGUCCAUCUCCAGCAACACCAUGAUGUGGGAAGAGCAUUCAGUGACAAUGCAACCCACGCUGCUGUUGGGUUCCUUACUUGGAUUACCAUGAUAUCCCAUUUGGGGGGAAUGCCACCAAUCAAGGCCAGAAUCUUAGUGCAGAGCUUACUCUGUGCCCUGAUAUCAUCAGCUAUUGAUGUUGACCAUUUUAUUUCUGCAAGGUCCUUUCAUCUCAAGGAUGCAACGAAACUUAUAAGAAGGCCUUUCCUCCAUUGCACAACAUUGCCGCUUGUUGCAUUUUUAGUCAUUUUUAUUCCAGCAAAGUAUUGUAAUUGCGUGAAGCUUGAGACUUUAGGGUGGAUCAUUCUAGCUGCUUUUCUAAGCCACCAUAAUCGAGACGCUGCACGACGUGGAUUUUGGUUUUACCCCUUGGGAUCAACUCCUCCGUUGGGGACCGGAACUUAUUUGGCUCUGACAGCAAUACUACCAAUAUUUUUGAGCCUAAUUUUACAUUAUACAGAUAGCUCCCUCUUGAAAAUGCAAUCGUAUAAAAGGUCUGUUUUGAUUGUUUAAAUGGGUUUGUGAUUGUGUUCUGUGUCUUCAGAGCAGUUCAUUUCUUUCUGUUAACUUGUUUGUUCUUACUUUGAAAUAAUAGCUUAUUUUAUUAUUUUUAUUAAAUUUAUCUUUGCAAAGAAAG